GAAUGGAACAAAUAAAGUAAAACCCGAAAAUGUCUGACAAAUCUUCAAAAUCAUAAAUACAUUUUCUGAUUAAACAAGCACUAUGGAAACGAUUAAUUUCCCUUAAAACAUUUUACGUCAUGAACGUGAAGAAAUGUACCGUUGAAAUUCCGGUUAUACCACCACCAACAACAGCUCAACUUUGUGAAUUGCAAAAGCGAAGAAAAAUAUGUCCUGAUGCCCAACUUCCACCGCCUCCACCUCUACCUCCACCGCCACCAAAAUGUCACGCACUCUGCUUGGAACGAAUCAAAAACCCCUCCGGUUUUAAUGAAACUCCACGCCAAAAAUGUCUUAAACAACGUGAAAUGACAACCACUAAAAGAUGUGAUGAGAUCCUAGGCAAAAGAUUAACGCAGGAUCAAAAGAGAGUCGGGUGUAAGAUAAUUUUACCACCUCCCCCACCCCCGCCUACACCAGAUUUCUGCAAAUUGCAGAAAAGAGAUGAAAAAAUCAGAGAAUGUCUGUUGCGCAUGAAACGGUACGUUAAAUAAAUCAACAAUGAAUCCUGAUAAGAACAACGAAAGUGCUACGAGGAUA